AGCCAUGCAUCUGACAGAAGUAACCAGACCAGAGGCGAGGGCACAACCGUGGUUUUGACGGCUGUAGUGUGCUCUACAGGAGGCCACUGUGGACUAGAACAGACAUGGAUACUGCCCCGAAGCCAAUCUGUGUGCUGCUCCCUCAACAUGUCUGCUGCAUUUACCGACACAACAACCCAAGUCGAUGAACCAAUGUUUCCAAUGUUUCCAAUGUAGUCAAAAUAUGGAAGGCUUGUCGACCGUAGACUGCUUGUGUGAGCAGCGCACAUUUUGAGUCGAGGAGAGUGGGUAACUAUGAUGCUAUGUAAGGCGACUGUCCCAAACUGGGACGCAGGCCACACAUGCCUCAGCACUCCCAUUGCAUGUGCAUAUUGCGCUAGCUGUGCGCUACAGAGAAGAGAUUCCUAACAGCGGUGGGCGGGUACAGCACUCAAGUGCCCCUUCUCUUCUGCCCUGUCUCACACUGCUCUCAGAAAUGAUUGUCUGGUCGGCCAUUUGUCUACUUUCUCUCCUUCUGUCUUGCUUGCUUCCUUUUCCCUUCACUACUCUGAAGCGUCUCUGUGAGACGGGUACCCAGUCCUAGCCUGGACGUGACCACCCCCUCUCACCCCGCCCUACUUCCUUUUGUAACGUGGUAAUACCACAAGGCACGGUCCGGGCUGUAAGUGGCUGGGUGGCCAAACUACCCCUCCAGUCCAUGGCCUCCUCCCCUGUUGGAAGCUGCCGGCAACAUGAAGGUGGCAGGAGGCCUGUAAGUGGCAGUCACUUUCUCAUCCUCUUUCCCUUCAACUUUUUCUCCAGUUCUCUUCCUUGCCUCCUAAUGUCUUGUUCUUUCCAUACGUUCAAUUCUGCACUUCAACUUUCCUUUAAAAUGUCUAUAAUGGCUACCACUUGGGCAGGCAAAAUUGGCUAUCUGACAAUAAUGAGUGCAAAGAGCAAAGUGUCAAAAAAAAAAAGUGAGACAGGGCCUACAUGACAAACGCCAAUGCCUCCUGUGGCUUCGUCUUUGCUUUGAGAACUGACUUGAUUUGGACCCCCCGUAUCUCUCUUCCGCCUUUCCCUCUCUCUUGCCCUGUGUCUGUUCCCUUUCCCCAUCCCCCCCUUAAAAGCUUCACUAACAUGCUGAAGAACAAGCAGCCGACGGCAGUCAACGUCCGAGCUACAAUGCAGCAACAGCACAUGGCCAGCGCCCGUAACCGCCGCCUCGCCCAGCAGAUGGAGAACAGGCCUUCUGUACAGGCUGCUCUGCAUCACAAACAGCAGAGUUUGAAGCAGCGACUGGGAAAGAGCAAUAUCCAGGCUAGGCUUGGCCGGCCCAUCGGGGCUCUUCUGCGGGGGGCGGCUGGAGGACGAGGGUUUGCUGCCGGAGGGAUACGAGGGAUGACCAGAGGAGGUCUACGAGGCCGUGGAAGAGGAGUACUUGGAAGGGGCGCAUUUCCCCUCAGAGGCAUGGCUCAGAUGCGUGGCCGUGGGGGUCCUGGGCGGGUGGCUCUCCGCAGGGGGAUGCGUCAGCGAGGAGGGGCCCCAGGCCGGGGUGCCAUCGUGGGCCGCGGAGCUGGAAGAGGGGUGGGAGCCAGAGGUCGAGGUGGGCUGCGUGGGCGUGGGGCCUUUCCCGGGAGAGGUGGACGCAGCAGGGGCAGGGGAGGAGUCGGCCGUGGAGUCGUGACCCGCGAGCAGCUGGACAACCAGCUGGACGCCUACAUGUCCAAGACGAAGGGCCACCUCGACGCCGAGCUAGACGCCUACAUGGCCCAGGCUGAUCCUGAAGGAAUGGAGUGAUGGAGACUUCUGCCGGCCUACACUGAAGAGACAAACUCGGUGAUCAAUGAUGAGACGGAAAGAAUAGACGUAAAAAUAGGGUGACACGUAAUUACUCAGCAAUGAAAAGUGUACAGACACCCAUGCAUUUUGAAAUAGCCUUUGUACUAUUCAGAUGGACACACACGUCCUAAGAGCUAAGAAAUCUGCUGUUUCCCGGAAGGUGAACAACAUCAUGCCAUGAAUGUCCGUGCAAGGUGCACUCACCUGCACAGUGUUCAUCAGUCCCCUUUUUUUUAUGUGCAAAGUGAAAAUGACUCGAUUUGACAGGGACUCCCUGCUCUAGAAAGGCUUGUUAAUGGACCAGAAUAGAGAAUCUUGUGAUGCCAUGUCAAAAGUGGUUAAAGAAGCUUUGCUUUUAAUGGGGAUAUUUUGUCUUCCCCUGUAUUUAUUUAUUUUGACGUUCUCUGUUUUGUUCGAAUUGAUUUUUCACCUGUCUAACUGAAAUUUGUAUCGGUUUUUAAGUGCUUUUUGAUUAUUGUUGAGUUGGUUUUGGGAGCAACUCCUGUAAAGUUACACAAAUGCCAAAUCUAGCGAAACCAUGUAUCUUGUCAUUGUGUCGAUUGUUCUUCAAUGGUUUUGUGGAGAUUGUUUACGUCUCUGGAACUGUCCCAACUACGUCUUUUUAUGGAUAUACGACUUGUCUCUAAUAGUAAUUGCUACACAACAAAGGGUUAAAUGGAAAAAUAACAUUGGGGUGAGAAUGCUUUUUACUGUUGUCCAAUUGAGUUUGAAAUAGAAUUUUUUAAAUGUAAAACAUGUUUGUACAUGUAAUUGAAUGACGACAACUUCUGUUUAAAGCUAGAUGUACAUAUCACUAGUAGUUAUGUCCUGUCCUCAAACUCCCAUAGUGACAGAAAAUAGAAUAAACUUUAUAUUGUCAUUUCUCUUAAA